GAUGAUAACCUAAUAGAAGCUAUCAGAAAUCUUUAAGUCUAUUAGAAAUGAAAAGUAUCCAUCAUUUACAAGCUAUAUUCAAAAGUAAGUAGAGAAUUAAAAUUAAUUCCAAUAUAAAUUAGAGCCAAAAAAAAAAAAUAAUUAAAUUCUUUAUAAAUAGGACUUGGAAGAUUAAAUUCCAUAACCUUAGUUAGUAAGAGAUUAUUUUUUUGAACCACCAGUAAUUGAAAGGGUUACUUCAAAAAUAAUUGAAGAUAGUGUUAUACAUUAAAGUGAGAUAAUGCAGGAUCAAAAAUUAAAAAUGCAAUAAUAAAAGGAAUUAAUAAUAAAAAAGAAAUAUGAAAUGAAUAAAUCUGAAUAAUUGAAAUUUGAAGAGGAUAAAAAGCAAGGUCCUUUAAAUUAGGUUGUAUAUUUUUUAAAAAAUUUCUUAGACACAAUAUUAGGUGAAGUGAUUAAUACUAUGUGA